AUGCCACGCCGUUCACUGCUGAACAGCUGUUCUGCGCCCAAGAUAUUGAUUGAAUUUGCCAACCCUCGGGGAAGCUAUACCACAGGGGAACGAAUCAAGGGAACAGUGACAAUUACUGUGGACACUGAAACCAGGUUCGGCGAUGUCAAUAUCAGCCUAGAAGGCUUAUCGCGAGUGAACUUGUUACAACCCAUAGCCACACAGCGAGAAACAGGUGCCUCUCAUACAUUUAUAACGCUCUGCCAACCUGUUGCCGAAGCAAACUGCCCGGCUUCAGGUGUUUUCAGGCCAGGAAAAACUUAUCGAUUUCCGUACACAUUCAUCGUUCCCGAACGGGUACCUCUGAAAUCGUGCAACCAUAGAACAACUCACACGGGUAUCAAACAGGCACACACAGCAGCCCCGCCCACGCUGCAUUUGAAGACCUUGUCGCAAAGCCUGUGUGAGAUCUCCUAUCUCAUUCGUGUUACCGUGCGUCGUCAGAAUCCAAACAACAAUGCAAAGCCAUACACACUAGCUAGCUGUACGAAACCCUUGCAUCUCGUACCUGCCCAUGGGGAAGGGGAUUCUUUAGGCUGGCCUGAGAAGCAGGACGUGUACAGGUCCAGUGUUGUGCAGGAAGUUAAAGGUCAAUGGAAAGGACAGGCGCUCGGUCGACUUGAAGCAGUGGCAUCUAUACAGCAGCCAAUCCAGGUUCCCCCAGGACGUUCUCCAAUCGACAGACUGAUUAUCCAUGUCGGGCUGCACCUUCGGUUCGAUCCUGUCAGAGACACACUGCCACCCAGGCUUGCGAAGAUACACCCUACCCUCAAACAGUCCACUCUGUUUAGUACACAACCGCAGGAAGAUUUUCCAAGCCUCGAUAGGAUAAUCUCUGACCAAAUGUGUCGAGGGGCGCACGUUCAAGUCUGCUCUCUUCCCUCAACGGCUAUCUCAUCCAUCAGAUGGACGAAGCAUACGUUACCGCGUCAUUCGGGGUCUUCCGGCUCCGUAAAGGACUCUACACCCUUUCGUACCUCCACCCCUGGAUGCUUUUACACAGCAUCGGCCAUGGUUCCAAUCACCCUGCCGACCAACCGCGACCUUGUGCCAACAUUUCACUCAUGCCUUCUCUCUCGUAUCUACGCUCUUGAACUUCGUCUUUCGUAUCAUAUGCCUGGUGCGCCUAUACUGCAACGAGCGGUCGCAUUAGAAGUACCUGUUAAAGUUGUCAGUGUACGUAUGCUUGAUAAGAGCAGCGAUACCCUCCCGAACUACAACUCGAUUACAGAAGAGGAGCCCUCACACAUUGUUUCUCGGCCUAUGCCACGCUCUCUUGAACGCAAAACAUGGGAUAUAGAGAAUCCCAAGAGUGCUCUAGGAGACUUAGGUUUGCUACCAUCUUCUGAGUGGCAAGAGGCAUACGCACCGCCGAAAUACAACGAUGUUGUUGCACACUCAGCGAAGUGGCUAUAG